AUGCAGACAACAGAAACAGUUACAACAUCAAAUAUUGAAUUAAACGAAAAGAAAGAUAAUGGAUUAGUAGUAAAUAAAGAAAAAAAACGAUCGUCAAAAAAUGAUGAUGAGAAACCACCACCUUAUUAUCGACUUAAUGAAGAAAAUCAAUAUUCUGAUUUACAAUUUCAAGAGCCAGAGGUCAAAGCACCUGUUUACGCUAUUGUUUUAGCUAUUGCUCUCUUUCUUAUCGGUUCUGUGAUGAUUAUAUUAGGUGCGUUAAUGUUAACUCGUCGCAUAGAAACACAAUAUAGCGAUCGUACAUGGCCAUUAAUACUUGUAGGAACAUUGAUUUUUCUACCAGGUUUUUAUCAUUUACGUAUUGCUUAUUGGGCAUGGAAGGGAGAUCAAAAUUUCUCAUUUGCUGAUAUACCUGAUCUUGAUUGGUUCUGA